AUGUUCAAUAUCCUGCUUCAUAAGGCUGUCGACGUUCUUGGGCUAUCUCGCAAAGCGUCAGCGUCUACAUCGGCGUCUUCGCAAGACCGCGACACCGACGGCGACGAAGUUGGCGAGGCACAUCAGACCACGGUGUUCUUCGACCUACCAGUCGAGCUCAUGGAGAUGAUCUUUACGAACUUCAGCCCUCGCGAUCUCUCCAUCGUCCGCCAAGUAUGUACCGCGUUCAAAGACCUUGCGUCCGAGGACAGGGUUUGGAGUGCGGCGAAGAAGAACUUGCUGGAGCUGCCGAAGCCCGAGACUUGGAAUGGCGAGCCUCUGUCCGAGUGGAUGUGGGCGACCUAUGUCUUUACUAUGGAGAUACGAAAGAAGCUGAGCAUCGACGCUCCAGCAUACAGCAACUGGGUCGAGGUGUAUGAACCGGCCUGGAAGGCGGCGGAUGCGGAGAACAAGGACAAGAUCGCCACAUUCGUGCAAUGGGACGCGAAGCGAGAGGGAAAAGUCCUGCCCAAGAAGGACAUCACCCAUCGUACCCGCCUGUAUAUGCGCAUGCCCGCCUGCAUCGUCCUGUUUGAUGCAUUCCGCCGCGAUCUGGAAGUCAUUGACUAUACCUCAUGGACGCUGGCUCUCCCUACCAUCUUGCAACAAGCCAACCUCGUUGGCGCUGGCGACAUUACCGAGUUACCGGAAGGCUAUAUGGUCGCCGAAUCGGACAUGGUCGUCUGUCCCGCAUGCGCCGCUGAGUCAGGGGAAUCGGCCAAGUCUACGGACACCAAGCCGCAAGCAGUGAAGCGCGCCGACAAGGCCCGUCCGUGGCGCUGGGAGGGAUCACGCAUCCCGGUUAAGGGGCUUUACGACCAUUAUGUUGCGAAGCACGUUGAUCUCGCACCCCCGACUAUCCCGAACCUCUUCAUUGGGUGUGAGUUAUGCCCGUUGAAGUCGCAGACGUACUCAGGUCCCGGUAUCAUUGCCCAUAUGCGCCGCGUUCAUGGCGUCGUCAACCCAUCCACCUGA